UAGCCGUGCGACGGGAAUUACGUAGCUAGAAGUGGCCGGCGCUGCGGGACUUUUAAACAGGGGCUGCGUUAAUAAAAUGGUCACAGUGGGCGGUAUGGCUGACACCAUAGAGCGUCUCAGGAGCCUGAUGGAAGGUGACAGUUGUGAUUCUCUGUCAGACUCGCUGCUGGGACUCUGGGACCUGGAGCCUGAGUUUGGGGUUUUUAGGGAGGCCCUGGAGUUGCUCAGACCUCGGCUUUGCAAAGAUACGUGGGAGUCCUACCCCGAGGCCAAGUCCAUCUUCUCAUGGAUGCUGCUUCGGGUAACACGACCCUGGCUCUCUGAGUUCUUCAGCCAAGUUCUGCCUCCCUCCCUCUUGUUCUCAGACGAUUAUAGGGUGGAGAAUAAGGUGCUGGGUGUAACCUGCCUCCAUCACAUCAUCAGGAAUGUGCCAGCCGCAGAACUACGGCAGUAUAACCAGGCGCAGGUUAUAUACCAUGCUCUAAAGAAUCAUCUGUAUACAGCUGACGCUGAGGUUAUUGAGGUUGUCCUGCCCUGUAUGCUUGAUCUUCUUCCUGUUCUGCAAAACCCCCCUCCAGCACUUGGGGAAUACCAGAAAGAAAAGGAGAAUCCUGCCGAUGAAAUUCUGCAGUUGGUCCUCACCCACAUGGAAAUGGAGCACAAGAUUAGAUUGCGCAGGGUGUAUGCCCGCAACCUCCCAGCACUGCAGCAGUGGCUGGGAGUUAGAGUUGCCCGCCAUAUGAAAAGACUGCUGAGUGUGAUAGUUGGUUACCUAGAAGUGUAUGAUGGGCCGGAGGAAACUGCCAGACUCUGCAUCCUGGAGACUUUACAGGGGACCAUCAAAGUUGCUUGGCCCAGAAUGCCUAGCAGGCUGCCACUUCUACUGAAGGCCCUUUUGAAGCUCAUCUCCGAUGUAUCUUGUGAUCCUGGUCAGAACCCGAAAUCUGUGACAGAUGCCCUGCUCCAUGGCACUACGGAGUGCCUCGUACUACUGGACAGAUGCUGCAAUGGGCAGGUUAAGGCGACACUAGAAGGGCUCCCGUCCCUCUGUGAUGAUCCUCUCCUGGUACAGUGUAUGAAGAGAGUGCAAGAGGCCACGUGACCCUGCCACGUCACAGGUUGGAAGCUCUCACAGCCAAAAUCUCCUCCGGGUCUGUAGUCCCGCGCUCAUUUGUUUGUUACCAAGGAAGGAGGAGUUUCAGACUGAAAAUUGCAAGAGUUUUAAGACUUUAAAUGAAAUUAGCAAUUGAAACAGAUUGCCAAUCCCCUGUGGGUACUUCCUAAACUGUUCGAAGGUUAGAGCAAUAUAAGAAAGGGAGUAAAGUGUCAAUGUCACUUUAAAGGGGACCCGUCACCCAAAAAAAACUGUUCAGAAUCCUACUUCUAUCACAUUAGUCAAGUAAAAUUAACUUUAAUUACACUAUAUAAAUUAUUUGAAUCUUGUUUCCAUCAGUCUGGGAAUUCAUAAUUAUAGCAAGCAGGCAGGUGCCAUUUUGUGGACACUGUUAUUAAGGCAAGUCUUGUAUCAUCUCAGAAUCUUGUUUGUGCACCAGAAUGGGGGGGCCUGAUAUAUAUCGCCAUGCCCUGCUUACACAAUUAAACCGUGAAGAUAACAGGGGAAUGUGGGGAGAGUAGUGACAUCUAGGAAGUGCUGAAUGGAAAGUGAAAGUAAUGGUCUGCCUAAGGCAUAGAGGAGGGGCAGACAAUAUUUGAUUGACAGCUGAGGUUUUUAAAUGAGCUUACAACAGCUAUGAAUGCUUUAAUAAAAAUAGAAAUUGGAUUUCAUGUUUAAUUUGAAAAGGACUUUUAUUAUACAGAUUUUUGUGUCUGGGUGACAGGUCCACUUUAAGUUAAAACUUUCCACCCAACUGCCAAUCCCCCCCAAGACUCAGGCCAGUAAUAAUGAAUGUUGUGUGAAACUGAUCCCUUAAGCAAUUCACUCAUGGAUAACACAGUAUGGCAUUAUUUUCAAUGAAGAGGGUGAUGAUGCCGAUAUUUGUACCAUGGAGACCAGUUGGAUCGUUUUCUCUGCCAGAUAAUACUUGGUGCAGCAGCCACUGAGGAAGUGAAAAAGGAGCUGCAGCUGAUUAUACGAACAGUAUGGCUGCUAGUGUGGAAUCCGUUGGUUUAGCCUGUGGCCGAUCAUUUCUGCAAAAACUAAAGUUUUAAGCAAAAGUGAGGCCUCUUAUGUGUGAUGGCUUAGAGUAAUUGUGAAUAAACCUUGUUUUUUAUAA